AAUGCACAUCCCAGAAUGGCCAGUAUUAGGCAUGGUAUACGGUGACUACCUAGUUAAGUAGAUCGCUAGGAUUCCGUCUCUUCCGUAGUGUAGAGAAAGUGGGUGGCUCGUUUUAAAUAUUUUAAUUAACAAAUGAGGGAUGCGUGCACCGAUACGUAAGAAUCGGACAAAUUAUGGUAUGAGACGGACGACAAAUGAAGGGUUCAUUUAUGUAGAAUAAGUUUAAUUGUAUUUGAUAAACCUAUCUGCCUCGCAUUACAUAUACAACAGUCCACCUCCUGUUGUGUGCAAGAAAACGGUAUUUUGGGAUCAUGUUGAGCCGUUUGAAGGAGUUGAGGAAGGAAGAGGAGACACUUUUGAAGAUAAAAGUUAUGUUGCAAGACCAGCUAAACAGGCUGAAGUUCGAAGAAGGGGCUUUGAAGUCAAUGAUAAAUGGUCAGAGGGAGGACUGCCCUGCUCAGACCAGUGAUUCACAGAAUAAAGAACAGCUGGACGAUGAGAGCAAGAUUAAUGACACCAUUCUGCAACUGAGCACUAUUGGGGGAUGUGACAUGGAGGUGGAGGAGGAAGAGGAGGAGGAGGAAGAAGAGGAGGAGGAGGAGGAGGAGUUGGAGGUUGUGACAGAUGAUGAUGAUGAGGAUGAUGAUUACUGAGUUUUCUGGAAAGCUAUAAGUGUACAUACACAUCUGUCAUUUUUGAACCAUUUUGCAGUGAUCUGGGAGGUUGACCUGAACUUUCACCUCAUUGGUCAUGUCUAAUAUGGGGUCAGUGCAAGAGUAUUGUUCCCAGUUUUUGCUUGUUUCUUUGUAGCAAACAUCAUAAUUUGCAUUUAAUGAUAAAAUGAUGAUAAAAUACUCAUAGUAUUUUUGUACCAGCAAAUGCUGGUACAAAACACAUUGAUGUUCCGAAUUAAUUUCACGUAGACUUCGCAAAGGAAGCAUAUAAACAGAACAUUGAAGAAGUGUCUACUUUGAUAACAAAUUCUUCAAAGAUCUCACAAGUAAUCCACACAGUAUGUGCAAGUACUGGUUUGUAAAAAAGUGCAAAAAGAUUUUACAAAGAAUUGAGUCAAAUCAGAUUAAUGAUGUCACACUGAACAAAAAAAUUAGCAUAUGUGAAGUUGGAACCUUGAAAUGGAAACACUUGCUUUUAUGCAUCACUCGUUUUUUGUUUUUUUUUUACUAUUGCAAGAAUGUAGCAACCUCCAGUAUCACCUUUUUUGAAGUUUUAUUUUUUGGGGUGGGAGGGGUGGUCUUGCCUUAAGCUGUAAAUCAGUUCUCCUGCCUGCUAACUUGUUUGCUGUAAAUGUUUACUGUUUAUUAACAUUUUAGUGUUAUUUUCUAUAAGCACAAGCAUGAGAAUAUGGUCUUGACUGAAGCACACUUAACAAGGUUUGUGACUGUGAGGAGUGCCAUGAAACUUUGUAAAACUGAAAAUAAAGAGCUCUAGUGGCCAACCUUC